CGCGCGCGCCGCCGCCUCCUGCUCGAGCUUCAUCGCGCGCAUCGGCUUCUUCUUCGGCGGGCCCGGCUUCUUCUUCACGAUCACGCUCGACAUGGAUAUCGCCGCCUCGCCGCUCGCGCCCGCCGCCGCCUUCGCCGCGCGCACGCGGGCCAGGAGCUCUUUAUACCUCCCGACGCACGCCAACGCGUCUCGGCGAUCCAACCCGGGUUCGCUCGCGAUCGCUUCCCAUCGCUCCUUCUCCGACGGCGCGCUGCCUUUCGGGUGCGUCGCGAGCGCGUUCACGAGCGUCAUCUCCUCGUCGGCGUUCCACGCGUUCGGAUCGUCGUCUUCUUCCUCUUCGUGCGGCGCGGCCGACGCCGACGCGACGGACGCGGCGUCGUCGGUCGUCGCCUCCGACGGCGCGAUCAGCGAUCCUUGCUCGCUCUCCGCGUCGCGCUUCGCGGCUUUCUCCGCGUCGCGCGCCGCGCGCUUCGCGGCGAGCUCAGCCUUCUUCGCCUGCUUCUCCGCAGCCUUGCGCUCGGCCUCAUCGAGUCGUUCGCGCUCUUUGCGCGUGGACAUCGCGCUCGGUCGACGACGGUUGUUGUUAUCGGAUGAUGUUCAAAAAAGAAGUCGACGCGCGAUGCGACGCGCGCGUCGACGCGUCUCGAGACCGGCGUGCGCGCGCGCCGGCGAAGGUUCGCGCGGUGGUCGUCCUCCACGCGUCGAGGUCGUCGACGGGGAUCCUACGAAGCGCGCGCGCGUCUUCCUUCGACGUGCGCCGUGUUGUGCGCGAGGCGAGAUCGCGCGCGCGAAGAAACCCUCGUAA